AUGAUUGGAUACGCGUGCCUGGAGCACUGGGAGGAGCGCUACAAGAAGGAUCCUGAACCCUUUGAUUGGUUUAAUAAUUAUGCUGCCUUUAAACCCUUCCUCCUUUCUGCUGGUCUUGAUGAGAGUCAUGAUAUCCUCAUGCUUGGAUGUGGAACAUCUACAAUGAGUGAGGGUUUAUGGGAGGACGGGUACCGUUCAAUAGUAAAUAUUGAUUUUUCUCCUUAUUGUAUAAAUCUUAUGCAACAAAGAUAUGCAGACAAACCAGGAAUGACAUACAAACAAGCAUUUGAUUUUGUUAUUGAUAAAGGAACACUCGACUGUAUACUUUGCGGGGAGAAAUCUUUUGAAAAUGCUCACAAGGCCCUUACCCAUAUAUCCCAAGUCUUGAAGCCUGGUGGUGUAUACAUGAUGAUAUCUUAUGGGUUACCUGUCUUCCGUCUUAAUCAUCUACAAAAGAAAGAAUUAGGAUGGACAGUUGAUGUACAAACCCUAGAAAAACCCUCCUUAAACCCUCCAGCGGCUGAAGUAGAAGGGAAGCCUGAACUCCACUACAUCUACAUAUGCAAGAAGGAGCCGGCGCCUGCGGAAGAGGCUGCUCCUGCAGAAGAGAAGAAGCAACCUGAGAGCUAA